AUGUCGGAGACGAGUUCCAUCAGCUCUGGAUCGACCGUGGGUUCAGGCAGUCGGGUGUUACAGCUGGCCAGCAGAGGAGAAUGGACAGCCCUGGAACAAGCUUUGAAAAGCAUUGACAAGGGAGACCGGGACAUCUCCCACACUGACGAAGAAUCUGGUUUAACCCCACUUUUGAUCGCUGUUCGGGAAAAUAAAUUGACUAUUGUGGAAAGACUGUUUGAGUUAGGAGCCAAUCAGAUUGAUCGAUCAAAGGAUGGAAGGACCGCAUUGCACAUUGCUGCUGCACAUUCAAAGGAAGAAAUUGUUCGGUUGCUCCUGGCAAAGAAAUGGGACCCUAAUCUCAUUGGAGGGCAUAAAGAUCAGUUGCCUCUACAUUUUGCUGCCGGUCGACCCAGUGGUGCUCUCAACAUAGUACAGAUGCUGCUGAAGUCCUCGAACAAAGAUGCUCGAUUGAUGCAAGAUAAGGAUGGCUGCAUUCCCUUGUUUCUAAGUGCUGAAGUUGGUAAUAUCGCAGUCUGCAAGGAACUGCUUAGCGUUAAUGCUGAUCUACAACUCAGGACACAACGGAAGGAUAACGGUGACACAGUCUUACAUGUUUGCUGCAGAAAGAAAGAUGCAGAGUUGGCUAAACUCAUGGUGGAAUUUGGUGCUGGUGUUGAUUUUCAAAAUGAAGAAGGUCAGACUCCCUUACAUGUUGCUGCCUGGGAAGGGGAUGAACUAAUGCUGAAGUUCUUCUAUCAGUACAAAGCCAAUCCAAACAUUACAGACAAGCUGGACCGGUCACCAUUGCACAUUGCUGCCGAGCGAGGACACACCAAUGUGGUUGAAGUAUUAACCGAGAAAUUUAAAUCCAAUGUACUGGCCCGAACAAAGGAUGGAAGUACUUUAAUGCACAUUGCCUCACACUGUGGCCACCCUGAGACAGCGCUGGCAUUCCUGAAGAAAGGAGUCCCUUUGCACAUGCCCAAUAAGUCAGGGGCAGUGUGCCUCCAUACUGCAGCAAAGAGAGGGCACGCAGCUGUAGUGAAAGCUUUACUCCAGAAGGGGGCACAUGUUGAUGCUAAGACCAAGGAUUGCUACACAGCCCUACACAUUGCAGUGCAGCACUGUAAACCCCUGGUGGUACAGACCCUGCUGGGCUUUGGGGCUCAGGUGCAGCUUAAAGGAGGCAAGGCUCAGGAAACUCCACUGCACAUUGCCGCUCAAGUUAAAGAUGGUGAAAAAGUGGCAGAGAUGCUGUUAAAAAGUGGAGCGGAUGUAAAUGCUGAGCAAGAGAAUGGUGAGACGGCCAUGCAUAUAGCAGCUCGGCACGGCAACCUGAAUAUGAUCCAAGCAUUGAUUGAGGAGGGAGGUGACGUAACAUGGCAGUCAAAGGCUGGAGAGAAUCCACUUCACAUUGCAGUCCGGCACUGUCAUGUCACUGUUGUGGAAGAAAUCCUGAACUACCUGGCCAACGAGAGGAGCCACAUUGAGGCUGUUGUGUGUGUCAACCAGGAAAACCAGGAAGGAGAAACAUGCCUGCACUUGGCAGCAGAGAUAAAGAAGGACAUGAUUCACUUCCAGCAAGAGGACACUAAGAUCGUUAAAAUUCUCAUGGAGUAUGAUGCUGACAUCACUGCAACAACAAAGCUGAUGCACGAAACUCCAUUGCACUACUGUGCACACGUUGGGAAUUCAGACGUUCUUCUUGAAAUCUUGAAAUACAUUGGCUCAAAUAGAAUGCAACAAGCCAUCAAUAAACAGUCUAAGAACGGCUGUUCACCAUUGCUUCUGGCUGCAGAGAGAGGACACACAGAGAUGGUGAAGAUACUGCUGUUAAACCAUGCAAGGGUGGACGUAUUUGAUGAGCAUGGUAAAGCUGGGCUUCACUUGGCAGCAGAGAACGGCCAUGAUCAGAUCUCAGAUAUCCUGCUCUGGCACAAGGCCUUUGUCAAUGCCAAAACCAAGCUUGGCUUGACACCACUUCACCUGGGAGCACAAAAUGGUUACAACAGGCUGGUAAAGCUUCUGGUAGAGACCCAUGCCUCCAGUAUUGAUGCACUCUCUCUGUUGAAACGGACACCUCUACACCUGGCUGCAGCGAAUGGGCAACUUGAUGUCUGCAACAGUUUACUCAAGAUGAAGGCGGAUGCAAAUGCCACUGAUAUUCAAGGACAAACACCCCUCCACCUGGCUGCAGAGAAUAAUCAUUCUGAGGUUGUGAAACUCUUCCUCAAACAGAAGCCUGAAUUGGUGACGUCGGCAAACGUGGAAGGGUCCACUUGUGCGCACAUCGCUGCAUCAAAGGGAAGUGUUGCUGUGAUCAAGGAGCUGCUAAAAUUCAACAAAGCUGGAGUUACCACAGCUCGGAACAAGAAUAAAGAUUCCAGUCCUCUCCACUUAGCCGCAGCUGGAGGUCAUGCUGAGGUUGUUAAGGUGUUGCUGGAGGCUGGUGCAUCUGCCACUGAUGAGAACGCAGAGGGGAUGAAUGCAAUUCAUUUAGCUGCUAAAAAUGGACACAUUAAUGUCCUUGAAGCUCUCAAAGGCACUCUAUCCUUUAAAAUAACCAGUACAAAGACUGGAUUCACAGCGCUUCAUGUGGCUGCACACUUUGGCCAGAUGGACUUUGUGAGGGAGAUUCUCACGAAGAUGCCAGCAACCGUGUGCAGUGAGACCCCAAAGACCACCAGCGAGGGACAACUAGCAAAAGAGCAACCAAGUGAGUCAGGGUACACACCAUUACACUUGGCAGCACAGUCGGGACAUGAAAACUUGGUUCGUCUUCUUCUUAACUACCCAGGGGUCCAGGUGGACACUCAAACCAGCCUGCAGGGGACCACCCCACUCCACCUUGCAGCACAGAAUGGCCACACUGCAGUCGUCGGGCUCCUCCUGAGUAAAUCCACCUCCCAGCUGCACCUGAAGGACAACCGGGGGUGCACCUGCCUUCACCUGGCAGCUGCCAACGGGCACAUUGAGAUGGCACGAGCUCUCCUCGGGCAAGGAGCUGAGAUCAACGUCAUCAACAAGAAUGGUUGGACUCCACUGCAUUUUGCAGCCAAGUCUGGUUCCCUGGAUACAGUACAGUUCCUGGUGGAAAGCGGAGCUUCUCCCAAGUUGGAAUGUAAGGAAGGAAAGACACCAAUUCAGUACGCAGCAGCCGACCACCACCAAGAGGUGGUGAGCUUUUUAAUCCGAAAGAAUAACAUAACCCUAAAACUGACAGAGGACCGCAAGUUCAUCUUUGACCUUAUGGUUUGUGGAAAGCUUAAUCGGAACAAGGUCAUUGAAGAGUUUGUCCUGCACUCGGCUGCCCCCAUGGACACUGCCAUCAAGCUCUCCCGUGCUUUUGGCAUCACGGCUCUGAAGGAAAAGGAGAGGUCCAGGGAGUUGCUGGAAGCAGCCAAGUACUGUGAGAACAUGGCCAGCGAGCUGCUUACAGUGGCAUCUGGUUGCAGGAGUGCUGGAUACCUGCUCCGUGCCGUGGAUCACCGGGGCACCACCAUGCUGGACUCCUUAAUAGAGUGCGAGCAGAAGGAAGUGGUAGCUCACCCAGCAGUGCAGAAGUACCUAACUGACGUCUGGUAUGGGAACUUGAAGUGGGCCCACUGGAAAAUAGUCCUUUUGUUUUUUACCUUCCUCAUCUGUCCUCCCAUUUGGCUGCUCUUCUCCCUCCCACUUAAGCACCAGUUCAACAGGAUUCCAAUUAUGAAAUUCAUGAGUCAUUUGGUUUCUCAUAUCUUCCUCCUGGUGCUGUUUAUAUUAACCAUAGUCUAUCCCCCACUUAGCCCAAUAUAUGAAGGUCGGAUGCUUCCCUGUUGGAAUGAAUGGCUCCUGCUCGCUUGGCUUUCAGGAAUGCUGGUCUCUGAGUUGACCCACCCAGGGGAGAGGGCAGGAUUGGCAUGGAUUCGGGUUUUUAUCCUGGGAUUUUCAGCCAUCGCCGUCUUCUGUCACCUGCUUGCAUUUGCUUUUCAGGAACACGAGCGGCUGCACUGCUUCUUUGCACGAAACAUUUUUCUUGCAGUGGCCAUGACUCUCUGCUUUGUGCAGUUUUUGGAGUUUCUCACCUUCCACCACCUCUUUGGCCCCUGGGCAAUCAUCAUCCGAGACCUGAUGAAGGACCUGGCCAGGUUUGCAGUCAUCCUCGCCUUGUUUCAUGUAGCUUUUACCAUGCAACUUGCAGCUGUUUACCAACCUGUCUACCCUGCACCUCUGCUCAACCCAUCUGCUGGGAAUAGGUCGGGUUCUGAAGAGGCGCUUUAUGACAUUCAAGACCCAUUGGAUAUUACUGUCUUACUUUUCUUUGCUCUGUUUGGUAUGGUGGAUCCAGACUCCUUACCCGCAUUGUAUCGGACACCCAUUUUUACCCAAUUUAUUGUCAAGUUUGUGUUUGGAAUGUAUCUUGUCAUGACUCUGAUUGUCCUGAUCAACUUGUUGAUUGCCAUGAUGAGCGACACCUACCAGCGAAUCCAGGCGCAGUCAGACACUGAGUGGAAGUUUGGGAGGGCCAUGUUAAUCCGUGACAUGAUCAGGAAAUCAGGGACCCCUUCUCCAUUCAAUCUAUGCACCAAUCUUUUCUACUACAUCAAACUGCUGUGCAAACAUAGGGGUAAACUCUGCUCUAUGGAGGGCCGUGAAUUGAUGAAUGAAGGAGAUAACCUCGACACCAUAUCGGAUACACACUCCAUUGACAUGUUUGCACAUACAUCUGUUGGCUGGAUACGAAGCACCUCUAAAAGGGCAACACAAAUCUCUCCUGAAGCCGGAUUCUUACGAGGCAUACGGCAAAAUGGUCCAAUGCAGAUUGAAGAUGUUAUUGACUGGCACAAUGUGGCUUUUCGCUAUCUAACAAUGAAAGGCCAGACCGAUGGUAUGUUUGUAAAGGAUUCCUCUCAGUCUGAGGAUGCAAACAACACAGACCGUUUUGCUGUUCUAGUGAAUGCUAGCAUCUAA